AUGUUUCCUUCAUUUCCUCUUUCUUUCCUUCCCUUCCUCUUUCUUUCCUUCCCUUCCUCUUUCUUUCCUUCAUUUCCUCUUCCUUUCCGCUUCCUUUCCUUUCUUUCCUUCCCUUCCUCUUUCUUUCCUUCCCUUCCUCUUUCUUUCCUUCCCUUCCUUCAUUUCCUCUUUCUUUCCUUCAUUUCCUCUUUCUUUCCUUCAUUUCCUCUUUCUUUCCUUCAUUUCCUCUUUCUUUCCUUCAUUUCCUCUUCCUUUCCGCUUUCUUUAAAGGAACUUUCUUUCCUUCCCUUCCUCUUUCUUUCCUUCAUUUCCUCUUCCUUUCCGCUUCUUUUCCUUCCUUUCCUUCAUUUCCUCUUUCUUUCCUUCACGUCCUCUUUCUUUCCUUCAUGUCCUUCACUUCAUCUUUCUUUCCUUCAUUUCCUCUUCCUUUCCGCUUCCUUUCCUUCCUUUCCUUCAUUUCCUCUUUCUUUCCUUCAUUUCCUCUUUCUUUCCUUCAUUUCCUCUACCUUUCCGCUUUCUUUCCUUCCCUUCCUCUUUCUUUCCUUCAUUUCCUCUUCCUUUCCGCUUCCUUUCCUUUCUUUCCUUCAUUUCCUCUUUCUUUCCUUCAUUUCCUCUUUCUUUCCUUCAUGUCCUUCAAUUCAUCUUUCUUUCCUUCUAUGA